AUGACAGAACCUAAAAAAGAAGCUAUUGAGGCAAUGUCGGAAUGUGGUCUAAGACCAAUGGAGUCUUAUAGGUAUAUGUCAAAAGAAACUGGCGGAGAAGACUGUGUAGGUCAUACGAUGAUUGAUCAUCUAAACUACUGCUACAAGUUAAAAAUGAAGCAAAUUGAUGGCAAGGAUUCACAAACACUAGUGAACAAACUUUAUGACAUACAAUCAAUAGAUCCCGAGUUCUUUUUCAGAGUAAGACUCAAUGCUGAAGGAAAAGUUGAGUGCCUAUUUUGGAGUGAUUCUAUGAUGAGAGAAGAUUACAAAAUAUAUGGAGAUGUUCUAGUUUUUGAUACUACAUUCAGAACCAAUAAGUACAAUCUCAUAUGUGCUCCAUUUGUUGGUAUCAAUAACCAUUGGAAAAACACAAUGUUUGCUUGUGCUUUCAUUGGGGAUGAAACCACAGAAUCUUUUGUUUGGGUGUUUGAAACUUUUUUGAAGGCUAUGGGAGGAAAGCACCCUAUAUCAAUUUUCACUGAUCAAGAUGCAGCUAUUGCUGUUGGAAUAGAACAGGUUUUUCCUUCUUCAAGACACGGGUUAUGCUUGUGGCACUUGAGUAAAAAUGCAAACAGUAGGUUUGGUUUAUUGAAGUCUGAUAAAAACUUCAAAAACGCAUUCUACAAGUGUAUAAGUGGGUGUAUAACACCAAAUGAUUUUGAAGAAACUUGGAAAUCUAUGAUCAACACUUUUAAGCUGGAAAAAGAUGACUGGUUCAACAGAUUGUAUGGUCUUAAAGAAAAAUGGUGUACAGCUUUAAGUAAAGAUUUUUUUUCUGCCGGUAUACUUUCUUCACAAAGAAGUGAAAGUACAAACCAUGCUGUUGGAUUUAAAGCAAAUAAAAGGACAACAUUAACAGAGUUCUAUAGUAUUUUUCAAGCUACAAUAAAUCGAUGGAGAAAAACCGAAGAAAAAGACGACUUUGACUGUACAAGGGGAAUACCUACUUCAGAGCUAAGUAUGAGUGCUAUAUUAAAACAGGCAGCAAAUGUAUACACGAUAACACUUUUCCCUGAUUUUGAAGAAGAGUUCAAGCUUUCUGUGGCAAGCAGUACAAUGUUCAAGGGAAGUGUUGGAAGAACAGUGUUUUUUGAAGUGUGGAUAGAAGGAAUAACAGGAUCAAGGCAAGAAGUUCAAUAG